GGAAGGCACCUGUUAAGGACUCUGGAAAGGACAGCAUCUUUGUCCCAGUUCACAAUGGAUUGGCUUCAGCUGUUCUUCCUCCAUCCUGUAUCACUUUAUCAAGGGGCCGCUUUUCCUUUUGCACUUCUGUUUAAUUAUCUCUGCACUAUGGAUUCAUUUUCCACCCCUGCCAGGUACCUCUUUCUCCUGGCUGGAGGCGGGGCCCUGGCCUGGGCUGCUAUGGGUUCCUUCGCCGUGCUUGUCCUCAUCCCUGCUCUGUGCGCCGGGGUUCUGAUUUCCUCUCUCGGCCCCCGGGAUGUCCACAGGUGGGCUUUCUUCUUUCAGAUGAGCUGGCAGACGCUGUGUCACCUGGGUCUGCACUAUACUGAAUAUUACCUGCAAGAACGUCCUUCCAUGAGGUUCUGCAUCACUCUUUCCUCCCUCAUGCUCUUGACCCAGAGGGUCACAUCCCUCUCUCUGGACCUUUGUGAGGGAAAAGUGAAGGCAGAAGCAAGAGGCAUCAGGGGCAGAAACUCUGUUCUUGAACAUCUGUGGAAGACAUUGCCCUAUUUCAGCUACUUGCUCUUUUUCCCUGCUCUCCUAGGAGGCUCCCUGUGUUCCUUCCAGAGAUUUCAGGCUCGUGUUCAAGGGUCCAGCAGUUUGGGUCCCAGGUGCUCUGUCUGGGCUCUGACCCGGAUGGGUCUGCAGAUUCUGGGCCUCGAGUGCCUAAAGGUGGUCCUGAGGAAGGUGGUGGGUGCAGGAGCAGGUCUGACUGACUGCCGGCAACUCCAGUGCAUCCGUGUCAUGUGGUCCACAGCCGAGCUCUUCAAACUCACCUACUAUUCCUGCUGGAUCCUGGAUGAUGUGCUCCUCCAUGCAGCAGGCUUUGGACCUGAAUUCGGUCAGAGCCCUGCUGGGGAGGGAUAUGUCCCUGAUGCGGACAUUUGGACACUGGAAACAACCCACAGGAUAUCCCUGUUCACGAGAAAGUGGAACCAAAGCACAGCUGGGUGGCUCAGACGCCUCAUAUUCCAGCACGGCAGGGCCUGGCCGUUGCUGCAGACAUUUGCCUUCUCUGCCUGGUGGCACGGGCUCCAUCCAGGACAGGUGUUUGGUUUCCUCUGUUGGGCUCUGAUGGUGGAAGCUGAUUACCUAAUCCACACCUUUGCCAACUUGUCUAUCAGAUCCUGGACGAUGCAGCUGCUCUAUAGAGCUGUCACCUGGGCCCACACCCAGCUCAUCAUUGCCUAUAUAAUGCUGGCAGUGGAGGUCAGGAGCCUCUCCUCUCUCUGGCUGCUGUGUAAUUCUUACAACAGUGUCUUUCCCAUGGUGUAUUGUGUUUUGCUUUUUCUAUUAGCGAAGAGAAAGCAUAAAUUGACCUGA